AUGCAAGUUCAAUCAUUGAUGUUAACACAACAUAAAUUAACCAUGAAUGAUACAGAUACUACUAGUAAAACAGCAACACGGAUGGAAAUCGAUACAGAAGAUCAACAGAUUCCUUGUGAAAAUCUACUUAAUGAACAUUUGCAAAAAAUGAAACGACAAAUUGAAUACUAUGAAAAAGAGCUUGAUGAAAAACAAAGUACUUUUAUCAGAUUUACAUCAACGAUACAAGAAACAAUCGAAAUUCACGUUCAAACAUAUGGAAUAAAACCACUUGAAAUGGAACGAGAUUUAAAAUUAGCAUUAGUCAACUAUGAUUAUGAUGCAGAAAUGCUGCAACGUGAAUAUUUCCAAGAGCAACCGAAUAAUUAUCAAAUUGAAGUUGCUAGAUGUCUUUCCACUGCGAAAGCUGAAGUAGAAAAAUCAAAACAAACUUUAUUGGAACUGAAGUAUCGAGUCUUUUACAAUAAGCCGCCUGAUUCAUUCGGUUCUGUUGGAACAUUGAUGCCAACAUUAAAUCAUGAUGGCCAACGCCGAUUUAGUAAACAUGAAAAAGCGAUUCAAAGAAGGAAACUAGAUUUAAUGACUGUUCAAAUAGCAGAAGCAGAAACAAAAUUCUAUCACUCUCUAAAAAGAUUCGAUCAUGAAUUAGCUACUAUGUGGAAAACCUAUCGUGAUCUUGUUAAAAAUCAAGGAAUGACUACAACAUUAACGAAUUUGAUCGAAAAUCGUUUAAAAAAUAUUACUGAUCGAUGGAGAGAGAUAUACAAUUAUAGAAUUAACAAUUAUAUUCGAAAUUCCUACGACAAUUUAGAUUCAAUAAAUACAAAUGAAAAUGGUCAAAAAUCGAACAAUAGUAGAUUUUCAUCUUUUCUAAUUAUUGAUGCUAUACAUCAAUUCUCUGAAAAGCAACUACAAUUGUUAAAUCGAGGGCCGAUUUAUGUUCCAUCCUGUCAAAUAUCAAUUAAAUAG